UCCAUUUCAUUUCCUCCAAGUUGUAGUUUUCAGUCACACUUUCUUCCUCUUCUUAAUUUCCACUACUCUCCAAAUCAAAGCAUUACGCAAUCAACAUGGCCGGAACUUCUCCGUGCGCUUCCUGCAAGUUGCUGCGACGCCGAUGCGCCAAAGACUGCAUUUUUGCUCCUUUCUUUCCUUCAGAUGACCCCCACAAGUUUGCCAAUGUUCACAAGAUCUUUGGUGCCAGCAAUGUUAGCAAAAUGUUGCAGGAGCUUCCGGUUCAUCAGAGAGCAGAUGCAGUGAGCAGUUUAGUGUAUGAAGCAAAUGCAAGAAUGAGGGACCCAGUGUACGGAUGCGUUGGGGCCAUCUCUUACCUGCAAAACCAAGUCUCCGAGCUACAAAUGCAGCUUGCUGUGGCUCAAGCUGAGAUCCUUUGCAUCAAAAUGCAGCAUGAGCCCAUGGUCCCUCCACAACAGAUAAUGGACGGGCCAGAUGAUCAGAAAUCGUAUUUUCUCCACAACAACAAUCUCGCUCAGUACCUCAGUUUUCCCCCUUCCAGCAAUGUAAUCCAUGACUCUCUCAAUAGGGAGAACAUUUUCGGACACGACAUGGUUUCUUAAUAAAGUUUGUAAUAACAUGUAUUAGGCUUUUAAAUAACUAAUUAGUGUGUUCUAAAUUUUUCUUCGCUGAGUAGGUCUUCUAAUAAUGAUUUCGCUGAUCGUUUGAAA